AUGAAAAUAUGUGUGUGGAACAUACAAAUGUUCACAGAGCUGUGUCAAACUAAACUAGGACUCAUAAAUAUUAUCUAUCUAUCUAUCUAUCUAUCUAUCUAUCUAUCUAUCUAUCUAUCUAUCUGUCUGUCCCAGUCAGUUGAUGUAUCUAUCUAUCUAUCCUACCUAAUUGUCCUUCUUUAUAAUUUCCUCCCCGUCACUGUUAUUAUAUUUCCUUUCUUUUUUUCCCAACCCAAUUUCCCUCUUUCUAUAACAUCGGUUCUUCUGUGUUCCUGUGCUUUCUCGACGCUUUUUCAACAUUCUUUGCGCCAUUUUCUGAAAAUCAGCAACAAACGCUUUUCAGAAGGCCCAAUUUUUCUUUCUUUCUUUCUUUCUUUCUUUCUUUCUUUCUUUCUUUCUUUCUUUGACGUUUCAUUUUUCAUUCUAUUUGUUAAUGAAUGUUAUCCAUUUUUCUCUUUCAGUCGAAUCGCUUCCUUAUUCUUCUCCAUCCCUUUAAAGCUGUUCUCGUGCAUUUUUCAUUUAAAUAUUAUUACUUCUCUUUUUUAUUUGAUUUCUCUUUCGUCUCUGUUCUUCCUUCGCCAUCUUCUCUUUCAACCAACCCAUAUCUCAAAAUGUUCGUAA